AUGAAUCCUGUGACAUCGUUGGCUUGGUCUCCUGACGGACAAUUGUUCGUCGUGGGCAGCUAUGACACGUUGUACUUAUGUGACAAACGAGGGUGGUCUUUCGCAGUUGAGAAAACCCAAACAGGCAGUAUUUACAAUCUUCGGUGGUCCGGAGAUGGGACUCAGAUUGCAGGAGCCGGUGGGAACGGUCAGAUUAUUAUUGGUCAAAUCACUGACAGAUGGAUGGAAUGGAACGGCUUCGAAGCUGCUAUUACAGACUCACAUACCGUGGAGGUGUACAAUAUGAGAAAUGGCGCGAAAGAAAAACUCGAAUUUCGUGAUCGCAUACCAAAAGCGUCCCUCGGGUUCAACUAUUUGGUGGUAGCUACGACAACACAGUGCUGUGUGUACAGCACGAAAAAUUUUAACACUCCGGCUAUUGCUGACUUAAAAGAAGGUCAAGUAACAAUGAUUGUGCAAUGUCCCAAAUAUUUUGUCCUUGUGGAUGGAUCAAACAUAUAUGUGUAUACUUAUGAUGCUCGAUUGGUUUGCUCGCCACGCCAAGCCAAUAUACGUACGGAACUGUUGCAUCCGGAUGUUUUGGCCACAGAAAUUAUAAAGAUUGGUUUGGAUCAAUGUGGUCAACCGUUAGAGCGGAGAUUGGUGAUACUGGAUCGAAACAAAGAUUUGUACCUGAUGUCCAUUCGAGUUUUUGGCACGAGCAGAAAAUUGGUCAAAUUAAGUAACGAGGAGUUUGGCAAACAUCCGGAGUUGUUAAGUUUCUAUCGCGAUCGACUACGUCUACGUCGCACCGAUGGCAGUGAGAUGUCAUUCACCGUGUCGCCCUAUCCGGACAAGCUUCAUCAGUUGAUUCUGCUAAACAAGUGGAACGAAGCCUUGAGCUUCUGUCGUAAUGUCAAAGACAAGCUACUCUGGGCUUGUUUGGCGGGCUUCGCAACCUACGCGAAAGAUCUGGAUGUUGCGGAAAUAGCAUUUUCAGAAAUUGAAGAAGUGGAUAAAGUGGAGUAUUUGCGUCACAUCAAAAGUCUCCCGACGAAAGAACUACGGAAUGCAGAACUACUUCUUUUGUCCGGAGAACAUCAAGACGCGGAAGGAGUGUUGCUUCAAGCCGGAAUGCGUUUCAGAGCAAUCAUGCUUAAUUUGAAUUCCUAUCGUUGGGAACGAGCGUUGGAACUGGCUGUCAAAUAUGAUUUGGCUACAGACAUCGUUCUGUCCACACGACAAGCAUAUUUGCAACAGUUCUCCUGUUCAGAAACACUAGAAAAAUAUCUUGCGCAACCAAAACAAAAUGCGCUUAGCCUGAAGGCAUUAAAAGAACGCAUUGCUGAAGAAUAUCAACGAGAAAAAGACAAUCGAGAUAAAGUGGAAACCGGUGACACUGUACCCGCACAACGUGCUCGACAGACCACGGUUAAUAAAUGA